AUGAUCCAACAGGCGAGACUGUUAGCUGUGUCGUUUCUGUUUUAUUUUCCCGCGAAAUGUACGGUUGUGACUUCACCCUCUGUAGAGCACACUUUCAGACAAUGCAUCUUAUCAACCCCAGCUGGUGCGGGUAGCAUGGGGCAGUGUUUGGGGAUGGGAGUGUUGAGCAAACUUCAAAAUUGGGACAAUGAGCCUGAAUUUGAUUUGGUUGAUGGCGUUACACUCACCAGGGAUCCUAAGGAGUUCAGGGAAGCACACAGCUUCGCAGACACAGAUCCUUCAAGCUUCAGGUCCAUUAUAGAUUCCAUCGGUCAAGUCUUCUCUAGAAGACAAAUGAGAUGGGACAUGAGCUCUAUAUAUCCUGGCCUUAUAAUGCACAUAACGCCAUCUCCUGGCACAGCAGGAUUCCUAGAGUUUGCUAUAGACCCACACAAAGAAGCCGCUACCAGAAAUAGAUUGAAAGAAUCUUCAACAGCCAAGUUGUUGCUGACGCACAGUUUCCUUGUGCCAUUGCUGUUGGGUUUCAAAUUUAAGGUCAUAACAUUGAUUCCCAUAAUCUUCGGAGUCCUGGCAUUGAUUGCGAAGAAAGCUCUGGUUCUCAGCAAAAUAUCACUGAUCAUAAGUACCGCCCUUGCUUUGGGCACACUGUUGUUGGGCAACAACAAUGGAAAUUAUCAAGGACAAGGACAAGUGGGACCUCAAGUUUUCAACCAUCAAUAUUCACCUCCCCCAUAUCAUAUUAAUCGAUUUCCAGAUCACCAUUAUGGCGAGGACUCCAUUUAUAGAUCCAACAACUUGGAAAGUGGAUUGGAGAACAACGAAGCUACACAGAGCGAUCAGAUAAAAUUGCCUGAAAAUCUCCAGGAAAUAUUUUCAACGGGAAUCGGAAAAAGCGACAGAGAGAGUCGAAGAAAUUUCGCAUGGAAUGAAGAAGAAAAAUUGAAGAAACGCACGUGACAUGGAAAUACACCGUGCAAUAAAAUAGAUCUCCCAAAAAAGUCAGAAUUUGAUUGUGGGGAGUUAAACUGUAUACUCCAGUUUGCCUGAAGAUUCCAUAGACUGAUAAAAAUUUAUUUGAUUCAAUAUUUCUAUAGAAGAAAUCCUUGUAAAGUAGGUACAGUGAUUCAUUUAGAAUUUAGAAU